AUGCGACGCUGGGCGGUAGCACUCACUGGCCUCGCAGUCGGCGGCCUCGGUCUUGUAGCAGACGGCAGCACUGCAACACUUGGGCUGUGGCCGCAGCACACGGAUUCUAGAUUGUCGCUGUCAUUUGAUUCCAAUGACUCUUUAAUCGCUACAGCCACACAUGGAGGAUUCCUUGUCACUUAUAAUACGAAAGUCGAUGUCCAGUCAGAGAUCCAUUUGGAUCCUCUUCUUGAAUCAAUCGAGAUGAAAUGGAUUCCAGCGGCUGGCGUCCAGAGUUCGACAUUUGAUCGCUUCUGGGUCAAUUCGCUACGACUUGACGGAAUGAGUGUAGUGGGCAUACACUUGCAAGCUAAGCUGAGAUCCGGUACCAGUUGGAGCGCUAUUACUAACGAGCAUUACGAAAGAGUUGAGGAAAAUAUCCGCGGAAUUUUACACGCCACAUUUUCCUCGAUCGAGCUUCUUCCUGUUUUGUCGAAAGGAUUUUUGGCAAAGUCGCUGUGCAAUUUCCGCUCCUGGAGAACGAAAAAUCUGCUCCAGGAGCUUCUGCAAGAGUCUGUGACCGAUGCACCAACUCUUUGCUUCUCUUCAUCGUUUCCGUUGUCUCUCCACAACAAAAACUCAGCAUAUCCUGACAAAGUCAUACGUGAGGCCAACAAUAGCCUCGGUAGCUCACGGACGCCUGUUGAACGUGUAUUGCUUACCAUACAAAAGAUAAAGCAAGACAUUAACGCGGAUCAAUGCCCGUCCCGAUCGAUUGCGAUAAAGUUCGGCCGCAGCACAGCUUCCUCACAGAUGAUCGAGGCAGAGAUUUUGGAUGUUUGGGUAUCGCAAUCGUCCGAAGCUAAGGUACCUUGGAAGACCUUUACUCCAAUACGCAAGACUGAAAAUGGUAUCUUUGUAGCGACGUCCGUCAACCGUGAAAUGGGUAUCGACAGCCUCGAGUGCACUUGGGUCGGUACGAGUGGCAAGCUUGGCACGCCUAGUACUGCUCUAUCUGUGGUGGAAAUGCAAAUGCCAAAAAUGGCAGUGGCUGCCUCGCUGCAGACUACUAUUGAAGGAACUGGUUUUCACCGUCGGUAUGUGACGCAUGUGGAACUCCUUGACCAAAACACAUGCGGUACUGGCAGCUCCAACAAAACGAUCCUCAUGCGCGUGCCGAUUUCAAGCACCACAUAUGUCGACUUGGAUGAAAUACGGAGAAUGGAACGCUCUGGUGACCUCAAGCUUUUGUCCUUUGCGAAGCAUAUCGACAUUGAGCGGCCAUCACCGAUUUCGUCGCAACAUGUUGUUGGUCUUAUAUUUGCAAUGCCAUCAACUGGCCAAGUGCACAUCGAGUUCCCACUUCACUUUCGGUAUCAAGCUCCAUCCGAAAACAAAUUGUACCGUCAAGCGUCGGUCAUUGCUCCUGACGUAUUCAUGUUUUGCCCCAAAGAAGGCCAUUCAGUCAAAAGACAGCUGAAGUUGUCGGACAACGAUGCCACGCACAGCUACCUUCAUACGUGGGGGUUAAUGGGACAACCUGAUCCAGCAAUCGCCAACCACCACUGGCUGCAUUUGUCAACAAGUUCUCCACUUCCAAUUACGCAAGUGUCCAUCCCUGUCGGCUACCUGCCGUCCGAUCGGCUUGUGAGCUCCAUUACUCUGUUGUUCGCGAGUAUCGGUGCAGCGCUCCUCUGCUAUGUUUCAAUUGGCGCAAGUGCGCGAGCUCCGGACCACUUUGCGAGCAGCUGGAAGGGUAAAACCGACUGA